GCGGUGCAGCGGGGCGGCGGCGCGAGAGCCUCCCGAGCGACGGGCCUGACGGACGGAAGCCGCCGGCGAGGAAGUGAGUCGCGGACGCGGCGGCGCUCGACAAAGAGCGGGGGCCGCCCCCUCAGGCACUGUUACGGACAGAGGCUCCAUGUUGGGAAGCGGAGCCGCUCGUCCUUGUUAGCGGGAAUCUGGGCGCGCCGUGGGCAGAGCCGGCGGGGGCCCCCCGAGUGAAGAUGGAGGCCCCGCUGCGGCCUGCCGCGGACAUCCUGAGGCGGAACCCGCAGCACGACUACGAGCUCGUCCAGAGGGUCGGCAGCGGCACCUACGGCGACGUGUACAAGGCAAGAAAUGUACAUACAGGAGAGUUAGCUGCAGUAAAAAUCAUCAAAUUGGAGCCUGGUGAUGAUUUUUCUUUGAUUCAACAAGAAAUAUUUAUGGUUAAAGAAUGUAAACAUUGUAACAUCGUAGCCUACUUUGGGAGCUAUCUCAGUAGGGAAAAACUGUGGAUUUGUAUGGAAUACUGUGGUGGCGGAUCACUUCAAGAUAUUUAUCAUGUUACUGGACCAUUAUCAGAAUUGCAGAUAGCAUAUGUAUGCAGAGAAACCUUACAGGGUCUUGCUUAUUUGCAUACUAAAGGCAAAAUGCAUAGAGAUAUUAAAGGUGCAAAUAUUUUAUUAACAGACCAUGGUGAUGUAAAAUUAGCUGAUUUUGGUGUAGCAGCAAAAAUAACAGCUACUAUUGCAAAGAGAAAAUCUUUCAUUGGCACCCCUUAUUGGAUGGCCCCAGAAGUUGCAGCCGUGGAGAAGAAUGGUGGCUACAACCAACUCUGUGAUAUCUGGGCAGUAGGAAUAACAGCUAUUGAACUUGGAGAACUUCAACCACCUAUGUUUGAUCUUCAUCCAAUGAGGGCUCUCUUUUUAAUGUCAAAAAGUAAUUUUCAACCUCCAAAACUAAAGGACAAAACAAAAUGGUCAUCAACAUUCCAUAAUUUUGUCAAAAUAGCACUAACUAAAAACCCCAAAAAAAGACCAACUGCUGAAAGACUUCUGACUCAUACUUUUGUUGGGCAGCCAGGUCUCUCUAGAGCCCUAGCAGUUGAAUUGUUGGACAAAAUGAACAACCCAGACAACCAUGCACAUUACACUGAAGGAGAUGAUGACGACUUUGAGCCCCAUGCAAUUAUUCGUCAUACCAUUAGAUCUACAAACAGGAAUGCCAGAGCUGAACGGACAGCUUCAGAAAUAAAUUUUGACAAAUUACAGUUUGAACCCCCUCUGAGAAAAGAAACAGAAGCACGGGAUGAGAUGGGAAUAUCAUCAGACCCAAACUUCAUAUUACAUUGGAAUCCCUUUGUGGAUGGCAUAAAUACUGGCAAAUCAACUUCAAAACGUGCAAUACCACCUCCCCUACCUCCUAAGCCAAGGAUAAGCAGUUAUCCUGAAGACAACCUACUUGAUGAAGAAAAAUCAUUGACUGUAAAGCGUUGUCCUGAUUCAGAGAACAGAGCUCCCCAAAUUCUCAGAAGACAGAGUAGCCCAAGUUGUGUUCCUGUAGCAGACACAUCCUCUAUGGGAAAUGGUGAUGGUAUUUCAAAACUGAUGAGUGAAAAUACAGAAGGAUCAGCACAAGCACCACAGUUACCACGAAAAAAGGACAAGCGAGACUUCCCUAAACCAGCAAUUAAUGGCCUUCCACCCACCCCAAAAGUGCUGAUGGGAGCAUGUUUUUCAAAAGUUUUUGAUGGCUGCCCUUUGAAAAUUAAUUGUGCCACAUCAUGGAUACAUCCUGAUACAAAAGAUCAGUACAUUAUUUUUGGAACUGAAGAUGGUAUUUACACAUUGAAUCUCAAUGAGCUACAUGAGGCAACUAUGGAACAGUUAUUUCCACGAAAAUGUACUUGGCUGUAUGUUAUCAAUAAUACUUUAAUGUCAUUAUCAGAAGGAAAAACCUUUCAACUCUACUCUCAUAAUCUUAUUGCUUUGUUUGAACAAGCCAAAAAACCAGGACUGGCUGCCCAUAUUCAAACUCAUAGGUUUCCAGACCGUAUACUACCAAGAAAAUUUGCCUUAACAACAAAGAUUCCUGAUACAAAAGGCUGCCACAAAUGUUGCAUAGUCAGAAACCCUUACACAGGACAUAAAUACCUUUGUGGAGCUUUACAGUCUGGAAUUGUUUUACUUCAGUGGUAUGAACCAAUGCAGAAAUUCAUGUUGAUAAAGCACUUUGAUUUUCCUUUACCAAGUCCUUUGAAUGUUUUUGAAAUGCUAGUGAUACCAGAACAGGAAUACCCCAUGGUCUGUGUAGCUAUUAGUAAAGGCACAGAAUCAAAUCAAGUAGUUCAGUUUGAGACAAUCAAUUUGAACUCUGCAUCUUCGUGGUUUACAGAAAUUGGUGCAGGCAGCCAACAGCUUGAUUCCAUUCAUGUAACACAGUUGGAAAGAGACACUGUUUUGGUGUGUUUAGACAAAUUUGUAAAAAUUGUAAAUCUACAAGGAAAACUAAAAUCAAGUAAGAAAUUGGCCUCUGAGCUAAGUUUUGAUUUUCGCAUUGAAUCUGUAGUAUGCCUUCAAGACAGUGUGUUAGCUUUCUGGAAACAUGGGAUGCAAGGUAAAAGCUUCAAAUCUGAUGAGGUUACCCAGGAAAUUUCAGAUGAAACAAGAGUUUUCCGCUUACUGGGGUCAGACAGAGUUGUCGUUUUAGAAAGUAGACCAACAGAAAAUCCUACUGCACACAGCAAUCUCUACAUCUUGGCUGGACAUGAAAAUAGUUACUAAGCAACAGAAAAUAAUUUCAAAUGAUAGGAAAAUGAAUUUACUCCAUUGGAAGCAAGAGUAUUUUAAGGGAAUUCAGUGCAGACUGCAGUAUGAUUAGCUUUAACUGUCAUGGGUUAUAUCUCACAUGAUCUGUAUGUUAAGGUAGAAUUCAAUAUUUUCUAUAGCUGGAAACAGCUAGUCAUCUCUUGCCACUGUGUGGUGGUUAUAUCAAGUUUGCUUAAUAAAAGCUAUGAGACAAAUACUCCUCUAGUUCAAGGAAACACAGUCUUUUUUAAAAAAAAUAAUAAUGUUUAUAACAAAGGUGCCAUGGUGUUUUUGAAUAACUUGUGAUUAUCUUCACAGAGAUAAAUUUAGUGAACGUUCUAUCAUUUUAUACCAUGUCUUAUUCCUUAGUGGACAUAAUUUGAUAAAGAAAUUAUCAAACAAGCUUUUUACUUUUACAUUGGUCAUUCUGACUGUUUUUGUAAAAUAGAAUAUUUAAUCCUUAUUUAUUAAUCUCUUGCUGGAGUGGUGUAAUGUAUCUAACUUUUAGUAAAGGAAGGUUGCAGAGCAGCUUAAAUUUUUUUAUAAUAUAUGAAAUUUUGUUUACCUUUUCAGAAGAGUACUUCAGGGGUUAAAGGUAGUGUGUUUAGGGGUUCAACACAUGCAUUUUCAUUUAACAGAAGUACCUUAUAAUACAGUUUCAUACAGGAUUGCCUUAAAAGGUAAUUUUGUGUUUUCAACUACAAAUAGUUGUAAGGGAUCAUGCAAAAGCUAUUGAUGGAUGAAAAAUCCACAGAUAGGGUGUGUAAUGUCUAAGUAUGACUACCAUGUAUAUGUACUUUUGACAAGCAGUAUGAUAUACCUGUGAUUUUUUUUUUACAUUAGGGAUAAUACAUAAGAAAUUAAUCUUCAUAUAUAUUAUCAUCCCUAAUGUAGAAAAGUAUUUAACUGCCCAUGUUAUGUAUUUGACGUAUACUAUGCCAGAGGGGGAACUGUAAAACAAUUGCACAUGUAAUCUUGGGAUUUUUCACAUAUGUGUUUGUUUUGUAUAGGUUUAAGAAAAAAAAUAAUGAAAUUAAAUUCCUGAUGGGAUAGUUUAAAUGAGUAUUGUUUUUUAAAAAAGUAUUAUAAAUUUGAAAGGAUAUGGCCAUUUUAGUUCAUUUUUCUUUACUGUUUUUAAUAUUCAAAAUUAAAAUGUUACAUUGGUAUCUGCUGUCUUAAUGCAUUUAUUGAGAACAGCUGCAUUAAGAUGGUGAAUAAGAGGCUACUAAUGAAACUAUAGAAUUAGUCUGACCAAUUACUUGACAGGAAGAUAGUGUAUCUAUCUCAUUCAAUCUUUAGCAGUUUUAUAAAAUACAUAUUUUCAUGUCCCAUUUUUUUUCAGAUAAGGAAAUGAGGGUUUAACAAAGUUAAAUAACUCACCCAAUUUAUACAAGUUAGUUCUUGAGCCAGACCAUGAGUCUUCUGACUCUGUUCACUAUGCAAUAUAUAAGUAAUAAAAUGUUAUACAAACAA